AUGCUGUCGCAGACUCCGAAACGUUUAGUCGCAGAUCCCUUGGUGGGGGUAGCAGACCUGAUGCAGCCAGUAGAAAAUCUGCUGCAACGAGAGAAAGGGAUCAACCUCGCAAAGUACAUCCAGCCGCCGUCUGGUGUUUCUUGGAAAAGUGCUGUUCCCGUUGAGUGGCUCUGCAAACACCAGGAGCUCUUGAUGGACUACAUCAACAUCUCAAAGAACACCAUCAUCAGUGGCAAAAAGCACAAGUUAGCCCUUGAGAAGCUUCAUCAUCAGCAUGACAUACUUGGAGGUCGCAAGUCCACUCAAGAUGCCGUGGACUACGUGGACGACACCAUCCGCAUGGCUUUAAGCCAUUUGCGCCAGAUGUGCCAAGUGGUUCAGAAAAAGGAUACGACGUACCGAAAAUGCAGUCCAGCGAUGCAAGAAACGUUGGAAAAGUUGCUGGUGAAAAUCGACUUUGGCCCGCAAGAAUCCUGUACGGACAUGGUCCCCUACGAUGGCGAUGCCCGUGGAGUCGUGGAGGUGACCAAGGGCAAGGUGGAGAUCGGAGAGAAUGUGAAGUUGAGAAUCUUUGGAGAGAAGCCUGAAAGUGUUUUUGACAGGAUCUUGAGCAAGAAGCCGAGUGACGCAACAACUCCAACGAAGAAGUUGACCCAGAAGAAGAAAGAGGACACGCCCAGUCCUGGAGACCCCUUUGUCUGCAGCUUGGAGAAAUUACCUGGAGAUGAUGAUCUUUUGAAAAAGGCAGCAGAGGUGCCACCUCUUACCAAGGGUGGAAAGUCUCAGCAGCAGAGGCUAAAUUCAGCAAAAAAGAUGAAAAGGCCAGCAGCAUCCAAGCCAGGAAAGGAGGAGAAGAAGUGCAAGAAGCAGAAGACCCUUGACCACACCCAGGGUGAGGACAAGGAGGAUGAAUGCCCACCUCAGAAUGCGAAGAGGAGAAGAGCAGAUUCGGAUGCCUGGCACAACACCUUCAAGCAAGAAUUCGCCAAGAAUGAAGAUGAGGACAAAAGCAAGGAGUUGGCAAGAGCAGCUGCAAGGAAGGCAAGAGAAGAGUUUGAUCGAAAGCAUCCAAAGCAACCAGCGACUUCAAAGGCCAAGGCAAAGGCAAAGGCAAGCCCGAAUCCGAAGACAAAGGUUCAGGCAAAGUCGAAGGCAAACAAGAAGGAGAAGGAGAUCACACCGGCAGAGGAUAUCAACGUUCAGCCUCCAGAUGUUUCACAGGAGAAGACUUCAUCGACGGGCCCACAGGACAUCGACUAA